GGCCGUCAUCGACCAACGCCUCCGUAGCUUCGACGCUUGGUCCAGAUCGUCAUCUUCUUCUCCCGUUUCUCUCUCUCUCUCUUUUGUCCGCUGCUACACCUUUCUUUUCUCUGUCUUUUCUGUUCUCUCCUUUCUUGUUAUUUCAUUGUUUGUCAUGACAUGAAUGCUUUUGUCGAUUGCUCCUAGACACUGUUAUUGUUUGCCGUGCAUUCUUCACCCAGCAGGCUGGUUCCCGCCAUGGAUGACGAUAACAGUCUGACUCUGGCCUUCCCUGCAUUGUCCCCUUCAUCCACCACGGAAAAACACGACGAACAGUCUUCAGAAGACUCCCGUCAGCAGCAACAGGAGGACUUUCACUAUCCGACUCAGCCUGAGCCACUGCAGAAAACGCCCAUCCCGUCCCGUGCCCGGCCACAUGGCGCCGCACAACACGCCAAACGUCUAACCCUGAACUUCCCCAUCAAUCCCCCGACACUCCCAGCACCCGAUCGUAGCACACCGCCGUCUGCGUCGACGACAAGACCCAGUCGACAGUCGUCGUUCAGCCGUCACCCUUCCCACGUCCCUGGCACAGCGAUCGCCGACGAACAUGAUGAUGGAGGCUACGACAUCCUCACCGCCAUUGCGUCACAGGAACGAAAAGUCCUCGAGCUUCGAGAAGAACUUCAGCGUGCAGAGACGGAGCUCGCUACGUUGAAGAAACAAUGGGCUUUAUCGGAGAGAUCUAGAAAGACGACCGAGGUCAACCAUCAUGCUGAACCGUUGUUGGCACUGCGGUCGCCGGCAUCCAGAGCUAGUGGCGAGUUCGACAACGCAUUGGACACGCCUCCGUCGGCUGUACAAGCGAGGUUGAGUCGCGAGCUGGAUCGACGGAAUAGUCUUCGCACCGCCGCGACUGCGGGGACCAUGAUCUCUCCUAAUGGGCGGAGGGUAUUUCGGGGGUCGCAUACAAGGACGUUGUCGUUGCUAGCACAGCCCAUUGCAGGUACUGGGUCAGGAAUGUCCGGUUCGGAGAGGGGUAUUCCAAGGACUCCUCGCUCGGCUACUUUGCCUUCUAUCGAUCGUGAUCGACGCGAGAAUAAUGCCAGAUUCCAGGCGGGCACAUAUGAUCCUAAGAAGCACGAAGAUGUCUUGACGAGUUUGCGGAAAUCCGUUCCUCCUCCGUCUCGGGAAAUGCUCAUGCGUACUGGUAAACAGAUGGCCUCGGAUUUGAGAGAAGGCCUAUGGACAUUCUUGGAGGAUAUCAGACAGGCUACCGUUGGAGAAGAAGGGGUCAGCGCUACCGAAUCGCGGACGGUGCCGCCGUCAUCGCAUCCUUCAUCGUCUACACGCAAGAGGGAUUCGAGUAGUGCCCCUCGAAGUCGGGAUCGCCUGUCAUCUGUCCAGACAGACAGCGCAUCGCGGUCGUCGUCGUCUUCGCGGAGGAAGGAGGCUGAGACGGCCAAUUCUGGUAAAGACUCCAAGUCUUCUUCUAUGGAUAUCGGUGCUUCGUUUUGGAGUGAAUUCGGAAUUGAUGCACCAGGUCAGGGAUACUCAACCACAAGCAAGGUCGUAUCUACAGCCAAGAUGGCCGAGCCAUCAAAUACAAAUACCCAAAACGGACCGAGCGGACGACAAGGCAUGAGCCUGCUCGACCUUGAUGAUAACUGGGAUGGCUGGGAUGCAGCGCAGCCUCAACAGCAGCUGCAAUCAGAAUCUCGGAAUCUGCACACUCCUUCGUCCAGUCGCUCGACUCUUGAGUCGAAACAGGACCAGUCACCACAGACGCAGACAAGCAGCCCACGGACAAGUGCCAGGUAGUUAUAUUUCUUCUUCACUGGCUUGUUAAUCCAUUGUUAAUUCGCUGACUGAUACUAGCUUUGGAGAUCACAACCAAGCCACCUCCGAUUCCGUUCUCGAUCGCAGCUUACUUGAAGGCAUACCCUGGACGUCUCUCACCAAGUUUACCCCGUCGAAGCUCACUCAGACCGCAUCCAAUUUCAUGGCUGAAUGGGAACGAAGCCUCUCCCCUGCAGUCGAUAACAGGAGCCGGUCUCGAUCUCCAUUGGCCGCAAAGCAGGAUUAGACAUUCGUUUGUGGUUACUAUAUUCCGUAUAUCUAUGGGAUAUUUUAUUGUAUACAUAUAUUCGGCCUGCGACUAUACCAGGCGUAUAUAUAUGAACAGCCAGUGUAUUUCAGGCUACCAUGUCUUCUGUCUAUCUUGAGGAUGACGGGCUACGAUUUUCGUUUUGUCCCAUACAUGUAUAUAUAUAAAGUACUCUUUUACGACCUGAGCAUCUGCCCCCCGGCCUGGCAUUGUUCUUUUUGAUAUGAAUUCAGGCUGUAUCAGCAGUAGAUUGGUUGUAUAACUAGUUAGAGGAGAUCAACCCGCUGACAAAUAAGGCACGUGAUUCAUACGUUUUUGGUCUUCCGCGACGCCCGUAAAAUAAUUCUGUGGAGCUCAAUACAUCGCCGCGAAAUACGUCCAUCUCCGCAAAAGAAAACG